CCUUGCGAUCGACUUGAUGAAAGACUGCGACGGAUCUGUAGUGAAGUGUCAUCAAUAUACAAAAGACAAGUUGGUGGUCGUCAAAAAGUAAAACUGGACGAGAAAAUGAAAAAGCUAGCUGUUUACGAUUCCGAAAUUGAAAUUGCGUCAAAACUGUAUGCAGAUGUUUCCAAGUUUGAAAAAGACAAUGUAAAGUUGACAGAAAAAUAUCGCCUAAUGCUGAAUGAAUUAAUUGAAACAAAUAAAAAGUUUGCAGAAGUUGAAAAAGAAUUGUCUGAGAACAUGACUGCACUAGCUGGUGUGACCAAAGAUAAAGAAGCAUUGCUUGAUUGUUUAGGGGUUCAAACAGCGGAACCAGUGUCUUAUGAGCAUACCGGUAAAAACGUUGAAGCUAUGUCAAGAACUCAGAAGUACCGAAUUACCAGAACACUUAAAAGUAAAAUGGAAAAAGCACUGUGGUUUGCGGCUUCGUACGGUUUGCGCCCAACGGGUGUUAAACUAUUAAAUUCUGAUGGUGAUCCAGUAAGCGUCCCACUUGGCAAUUCUGUACCUUCUGAUGAUAUAGAAAGAAUGAACGAAAUUUUAUUUAUUCUUGACAAGUUUAAAAUAAGUGACAACGCUUAUCAUGAAAUAGUUAUGAAAACAGGAGAUCUACCAAAGCUUCACUCUAUUGUCAGCAUUAGGGAAAAAACAAAUAACACGUUUGCAAUCCAUCGCACUCCUGGUAACACUCCUGGUGCUUAUGUUAGUCUGAAGUCCGAACUGAUCAAUAUUAUCAAGACCAGGGCGUUUGAUCAACAAGACAAAAUACAAAUAAAAAUUUCGGGAGAUGGUACAAAAGUUACACGCAUAUCAAACUUUAUUGUCAUUUCGUUUGCAGUUUUGUCAUCGGAAAAAUUAUCUGCUGAAGAACUUGUAGUACUUGCCAUCGUUAGAUCUUCAGAAAAGUAUGAAAAUCUUGAAGAAUGCCUUUCCCCAGUUUUUUCGGAGAUAAAUGAAAUGUAUUUAUGUAAAAACAUACAAGUUGACAGCAAACUAUACAAUCUAGAAAUUGUCUUCGGCGGCGACAUGAAAUUUAUUCAAAUUUGCUUAGGUCUUGGGUCGUCGACCGGCCAAUACGCAUGUCCUUGGUGUAAAGUACAUAAGCAGGACAGAGGGGACGUGUCGAAGCCUUGGAACUUUUACCAUUUAAACGAAAAUGUAAGAACUACGUCGGAAAUUAAAGAAAUUUACAUGGGGACAUUGAAACCCAAUUACGGGGUGAAACAUCUGCCUUUGAUGACAAUAGAACCAGUUCAUAUAAUUCCAGACGAGCUUCACCUUUUCAUGAGAAUAUUUGACGUUUUAAUGAGAAAUUUAAUCGACGAUGUGAUUGAAAAAGACGACAAAGCGAAACUGAAAGGAGAGAAUGGGGGUUACCUUGAUUCCCUUGUUAAAAGUAUACGGGACUGUGGUGUAACUUUUAGUUUGUGGACGAGUCAAGGCCGAGGCGAUUUAGAGUGGACAUCAUUAACUGGCAAUGAUAUGAAAAGGGUAACGCAAAAAUUGCCAGAUAAAUUAAUGUUCGUUGUACACAAUGAUACACACGAUGAUACUGUAAAACUAUGGAAGAUGUUUUGGAAAAUAUAUACAUUUGUAUGUUCAGAUGAAGUCGAAAGGAGGACAGCCGAACACAUCUUUUCUGAAUGUAAAUCAUUUAUCAAAGCAUUUCUUAAACUAGGUUUAACGGAGCGAAAAGGAUAUUUGAGUUCGAAUGUAACCCCUUACAUGCAUUGCUUGUUAUAUCAUGUACCUUUCUUCAUUUCACAAUUUGGUUCUCUAAGAAAAUUCAGUGGCCAACCUACCGAGAAAAUCAAUGACAACAUAAAAGCGGUUUAUCAUUUAAAGACAAAUCACCACGAUUGUGCUGUUGAUGCCAUGAAAGUGCAGAAGCGUCUUGAAUUAACUGUUAAUUCCGGAAGAUCCAAAAGAAAGUAUCGCAAAACAGACGACCAAUUUUGGGAAAAUGGAAAACAAGAAAUCCAAGUUCGCAAAAGGAGGCAAAUUCUACAAGAAAUGGAGAAAGCAAGCACUGUUCACAAUAAACAUAAAUUUCCAGACUUCUACAAAAUGACCGACAUUGAAAUUAAACAGAAAUUGAAGGACGGUGGAAUAAAUACUAGAGUUCGAAAGCGUGAAAAGCUGAUUGAAAUGUUGAAGAAAGUUCUUUUAAGUGACUAAUAAUACGCCGUAUUACUAAGUCAUUGAUUCAAGUUGGCAGACCCAUCUUACAUACAAUUGUCAUUAUUUUGAACUAAUUUCUAAGUUAUUAUUAUGUUAUAUAUAUGAUUUAUCUAUUUAUUGGCAAAGUGUUGAACUUUAUGUUUAUAAAGCAAUAUUAAAAUCAAUGGAUCACUAUUAAGUGUGGACCCUAGGAGCAAAAUAACAAUCUUUUAAUAUAAAUGAAUUAUAUGAAUAAAUUGUUGUUUUUUUACAUAUACUUGUAUGCUAUUAUUUUAUAAUAAUUUGUGUUUCUAUUGCCCCCCUUUUUUUGUCUCUGCAAUUUGCCGAAUGCAAUGGA